AUGGAUAUGGCAACGCAUAUUACUAAGACCUGUGGUAGAGCAUUCUUUUAUCUGUAUAAUAUCCGACACAUACGAAAAUACGUUAUUAGUGAAUGUACUGAGAAACUGAUUCAUGCAUUUAACAUAACCAGUAGGUUAGACUAUUGCAACAGUCUUCUCCAUGGAGUUACCGACCAUCACAUGCAAAAACUCCAACGUGAUAUGAAUGCCAGUGCGCGAUUAAUCUUCUGCGCACCUAAACACUGUCAUAUUACACCGCUCCUUCAACAACUUCACUGGUUGCCUAUCCGCCUACGUAUCGAGUUUAAAAUCCUUUUGAUCACCUUUAAAGUGCUCCAAGACUCAGCUCCUAAAUAUCUGAUUGAUUUAAUUUCUGUUUUACCGCCAUCCCAUUAUGAUUUACGGCGAAAUAACGAGGGAAUUCUUCUGAGCACCCCAAAGCCUUUCACAAAAGUUACCAUGGGGGAUCGAUCCUCCAUGGCGGCAGCGCUACGGCUUUGA